AUGGUGGGAACACUUGUUAUCGACAAUGUCGCAGCCCAAGGGAUCUCAUACUAUACACCAGCUCAAGAACCCCCGGCCGGCACUCAAGUCGAGGGAUCAGUGAAAGUAUUCACCCCAAUCAUUAUUCGUGGAGUUACUCUUCCCAAUCGACUUUUUCUAGCACCUCUUUGUCAGUAUUCCGCGAAGGACGGCUAUGCCAAUGACUGGCAUUUGACACACCUGGGUGGGAUACUUCAACGCGGCCCAGGAAUAGCUAUCAUGGAAUCAACUGGCGUACAGAAAAUAGGACGAAUCACACCCCAGGAUCUCGGCCUCUAUGAAGACGGCCAGAUUGAGCCGUUGAAACGCAUUACCGAGUUUGCCCAUGGCCAGGGUCAGAAAAUUGCUAUUCAGUUAGCCCAUGCCGGUCGCAAAGCCAGUGCCGUCGCACCUUGGCUGAGCAUCAACGCCAUGGCCAUUAAAGAAGUCGGCGGGUGGCCGGAUGAGAUUGUUGGCCCAUCGGCAAUCCCACACGAAGAAGGAAUCAACAAUGUUCCUAAGGCAUUGACUCUGGAAGAUAUUCAAGUUCUGAUCGGAGACUUUGCAGCGGCUGCGAAAAGAGCCGUCAAGGCCAAUUUUGACGCAAUCGAGAUUCAUUCCGCUCAUGGAUACCUACUCCACCAGUUUCUAAGCCCUAUCAGCAACAGAAGAACCGAUAAAUAUGGAGGCAGCUUUGAAAACAGAGUUCGGCUGUUGUUAGAAGUUUCUCGGGCAAUUCGAGCUAGUAUCCCAGAAACAAUGCCUCUCUUUAUCCGAAUUAGCGCCACCGAUUGGUUUGAGUUUGACGAUAGCUUGCAGGAGGAAUUUCCUGAAAGCUGGACCGUUGAACAGUCUAAAAAUCUCGCUCUCCUCUUGGCUGAGCAUGGCGUAGACUUGGUGGACGUUAGUUCUGGUGGAAUUAAUGCCAAAUCUGCCAUUGCAAUUAAGCCAGGCCCUGCCUAUCAAGUCCAUUUGGCCCAGGAAAUAAAAAAAGCAACUGGUGACAAGCUGCUGAUAACUGCUGUUGGUGGAAUCAAGACGGGCGCACUUGCAGAGGAGGUGGUGCAGUCUGGAAUUGAUGCGGUGCAAGCCGGACGCUGGUUUCAGCAGAAUCCUGGCUUGGUUCGUGCCUUUGCCAAUGAGCUUGGAGUAAAAGUGAAGAUGGCAACACAGAUUGACUGGAGUUUUGAGGGCCGUGGAAAAGGAAAAAAGAAGGAUUGA